AUGUCAUUUAGAGGUCAAUCAGCAUCCUUGAAUGGUGUUCCAAUGAAUGGGGGAUCAUCGUAUAACACAUACCAAAUGAACAACUCAGCAAAUCGUUCCACUCAAUUCUCUAAACCAUUCUUCAAUCAAUGCAAAGAACAUUUGGAUAAAUGGAAUGAUAAGCUUGAAGAAUUGUCCCACCAUCCUUUUAUUAAUAAGAUAAAACCUUAUAUUCCAAGCAUUGCCAGAUUUUGUAUUGUCGCUACCUUUUACGAAGAUUCACUCAGAAUUUUCUCCCAGUGGUCCGACCAAGUCAAUUACCUUCAAGAAUGGCAACAUUAUCCAUAUUUCUUUGUCAUUUUGUUUUUAUUUAUUGUAUCCAUGACCAUGAGUGUUGGAUCUACAUUUUUGAUACUAAGAAAGCACACUAAUUAUGCUACGUUAGCUUUAGGUGCAGUUGUUCUAUUCCAAGGUUUAGUGUAUGGGUUAUUCACCUCUUCCUCUUUCAUCCUAAGAAAUUUCAGUGUCAUUGGUGGGUUAAUAAUUGCGUACAGUGAUUCUAUUGUUCAAAAUAAGGUUACUUUCGGUAUGUUGCCAGAAUUAUCUAAUCCCAAUGACAAAAUUAAGGGCUAUCUACUACUUGCCGGCAGGAUAUUGAAUGUGCUAAUGUUUGUCGGGUUCACCUUCGGGAAGUCCUGGAUUACCAUUAUUCUAACUAUUAUCUGCACUGUAUGUUUUGCCAUUGGAUUCAAGACGAAACUGGCUUCCGUCCUGUUAGGUCUCAUUCUCGCCUUCUACAACAUUACAUUGAACAACUACUGGUGGAGGAAUGUGUCCGAGAGAGACUUCCUCAAGUACGAAUUCUUCCAGAACUUGAGCAUUAUCGGUGGAUUACUGUUGGUGACCAAUACGGGGGCCGGAGAUCUCUCUGUAGACAGCAAGAAGAAGAUCUACUGA